ACGAACUGUCCUCUUUCAAUUCACCUCUCUCCCGGACACUCCCUUGCCUAGCGGAAUGGACGAAUCUUUCGGUGUCCACACAGUAGUGAUUUGCACCUCGCAUGCGCCUUUGGAGAAACCAGGGCUGACAUGACAGUCCCGGAAAGAGAGAGAAACCGCCCCCGGCAUCCACCGAAUACCGUCCGGCAACCGUCGGCGUGGACCGCGAGUCGCUACGCGGCUUUGGUGGCGCUGUGUGUCUCGUGUUACAGCAACUGCAUCCACGGGGAGUUGGUGCACGACGAUGUUUGGGCUAUUAUCAACAACCCAGACGUCCGACCGAGCUCCGGUCUCCUAAACGUCUUCACGAACGAUUUUUGGGGCAAGAGGAUGUCGGACAAUUCCAGCCACAAAUCCUACAGACCGUUUUGCAUUCUCACAUUUAAGUUGAAUAUCCUUCUGGGUGGCAUGACACCUCUGUACUUCCACAUCGUCAAUGUGUGUCUGCACUGCGCUGUAACCUGCACGCUGAUGCACACGUGUGAGCGGUGUGUGUUUGAAGACUCGCGCCUGGCCUUCGUCACAUCCGUCCUGUUCGCAGUGCACCCUGUGCACACCGAGGCUGCUUUUAAUAGACAUGGGAAGACCAGAAAGCAGCAUGCUCCAGUCGAGGUGUCUGGUAUAGUGGGUCGGGCUGACCUAUUGGCUUGCCUGCUGUUCUUGCUAGCAUUCCUUUCUUAUAUAAGGAGUGUGGAUGUAACCACGUCCGUGGACUCAACACCUUCAACAGUGUCGGCAGGGUCUCUGGUCAUUUCUUUGCUGUUGGGCACUUGUGCCAUGUUGGUGAAGGAGACAGGCAUCACUGUGUUCGGGGUGUGCGUGGUUUACGAUGCCCUCGUGCUCUGCGGCAACCCCCUCUUCAGUCACCUGUCUGGAUCUAGCUUUAGACAACUUGUCCAGAUCUGGAAACCCUUCAUCAAACGAGCCUGUGUGGUCUCAAGCUACGUAUUGGCCAUUAUAUCAAUCAGACUGUGGUUAAUGGGAGGUACUAUGCCUCUUUUCUCUGAACAAGACAAUCCCGCUUCCUUUGCACCUUACUUGCUAACCAGAAUUUUGACAUACUCUUACCUGCUGUACUUCAACACCUGGCUGCUGCUGGCCCCCAUUGUGCUUUGCUACGACUGGCAAGUGGGUAGCAUCCCUCUUGUUGAGUCACUGAGUGACAUCCGCAAUAUGGCCACCGUGCUACUAGCUGUGGUGAUGUUUGCCCUCUGCCUGCAUUGCAUCCUUUCACUGCAGCGACAAAAGAGUAAGGAGGUGUUGAUGGGAAUAUUGUUUCUGGUGUUUCCUUUCAUUCCUGCGAGUAACCUUUUCUUUAGGGUGGGAUUUGUCGUGGCCGAAAGGGUUCUUUACAUGCCGAGUAUGGGUUACUGUAUCCUGGUGGUUCAUGGCCUCAGUCGUCUCUUUUCAUUGGUGGGCCGUUGGGGCACCACAGUCCUUAGUGCCUCAAUGCUAUUGCUGCUACUGCUUUUCUCCUGGAAGACUGUUCAGCAGAACCAAGUCUGGCUUUCCAGGGAAGCUCUCUUCAGUUCUGGCAUCUGGACUCUGCCUCACAAUGCCAAAGUCCACUACAACUACGCCAACUUCCUGAAGGACAGCACUCGGCACCAAGAAGCCAUUUACCACUAUUCCAUUGCCCUCAGGUUGUACCCUCGCCAUGCCAGCGCUCUGAACAAUCUUGGCACUCUGACACACGAUCCGGAGGAGGCUGAGCGCUACUACAGGAGAGCACUGGACAUCAAUCCUCAGCAUAAUCGAGCACUCUUCAACCUGGGAAACCUCCUCAAGUCGCAGGGGAAGGAGAAAGAGGCAGAAAUACUGCUCCAGGACUCCAUUAACUACGGUCCACAUUUUGCCGAUGCUUAUUCCAGUCUAGCAUCACUCUGUGCUGACCAGAAACGCUUUACUGAAGCCCAUGAAAUGUAUUUAAAAGGCAUAGAGAACUGUCCUGACAGCUCAGACCUGCAUAACAAUUUUGGAGUGUUUCUAGUUGAUACUGGAAAGGAGGAGCUGGCAGCUGCUCACUAUCAGCAAGCAAUUCAACUCAAACCAGCUCACUAUGUCGCCAUGGUGAACCUGGGGCGCCUCCUCCGCUCCUCCAAUUUGAACAAAGAGGCUGAGUCCUGGUAUAAGAGAGCACUUCAAGUGACAAGGAAGGUGGAGAUCCUUGCACCACUUGGGGCACUGUACUACAACACUGGCCGCUACGAUGAAGCCCUGCUUGUUUACAGAGAGGCUGUUAGCUUACAGCCAGAGAACACUGACAUUUGGCUGGCACUGGCUCAAGUGUUAGCCAUGGCUGGUGAUACAAAAGAGGCAGAGAAAAUAACCCGGGACAUAAUUUCCAGAGGGAACCGAUGCAUUGAAUGUUACCGCCUCCUGUCUUCAAUCUACAGCAAGCAUGGCAACCAUCCAGAGGCUCUGGAAUCUCUGAACAUGGCUCUCCAGCAGAAUCCCAAUGAUCUCACAGUGAGAGCAGAGUUGUAUUUCUCUCAAGGAAACCAGCUACGAGAGAUGAACCAAUUGGACCAAGCUUUUGAGAGCUACAAAUUGGCUGUGGAGCUCAAACCCGAUCAGUCACAAGCCUGGAUGAACAUGGGAGGGAUUCAACAUAUUAAGGGAGACUAUGCAGCAGCCCGGAUGUACUACCAGAGAGCCUUGAGUCUCAAUCCUGGUUCCAAACUUCUGAAAGAAAAUCUAGAGAAGCUCGAUCGGCUCGAGAGGAGGAUGACGGGGGUGCCGUAGUCAGCCUGCUGGGUGUUGCUUUGUCAUGGCAACUUGACAGGAUUUUCCACUGAAUUGACCUUUUCUAGGCUUGAUGGCAGUUGGGAUCCCCGAUAAGGCUGACGCGGUUAGUUGUACACAGGUUUGGUGAUGUGUGCCACAGGAGUAUUUAUUGGACUCAAGAGGACUGGCUGAGCCAUAACCUGGAAGCAUUUUAAGUGGGGAAUUGCUUGGGUUUCCAGGGCACAUAACCACUGUCCAUUUAUAUCGCACCUAUACCAAAACAUGUUCACGCGUGGACGAAAUUGUUGGUACUCUUCCAUUAAAGAGAGAAAAUCACGAAGUACACAGAAAUACAGUAAGUUGAAAUAACGGCUUCUUUUAUUGCAUUGUGUUUUGUUCUGCUGCAGUUUUGUAUCAUGUUACCUGGAGUUCUGUCUUCCUGUGUCCUAUUUGUGCCGUCUGCCUAAGCGUCAAAUGUAUUUUCCCCCCCAGCCUGGUCUCAUCAGCCCUGCUCCUUGUGUCAGCGAAUCGGCUUUCUCCAGCCUCUCGCGUCUCGUCCAGGUGUGCCUCGUUUUGUCCGCGCGCGUUGUCGACUCAGUUUCGGUUCACUGUCGUAUGCCACGUCUCAUAGUUCCAGUCGUCUAUGGUAGUGAGUCUAUCCCCCGCGUUUCUUUGAUCACGUGGUUUCUCAGUGUUUGCACUUUUGUGUUGUUCUUCUUUGUAUUUUUCUCCUGCCUUUAUGAGGUAUUAAAUGCACCCCUGCACACCUGUCGUGCCUUAAAUUGCCUACUCCAAUUCGCUUGGGUCCCCCUUCUCUUAUGCUUCACCGCAACGAACCCUACAGAAUGAACUUAAAAUGGAAGCGUACCAACUAUUUUGUACAUUUGGGUACAUUGGUGUUUUUUGUUGUUGUAUUUAUUCAUUGUUAAAGAAUACAAAUAUCUAUUUAAAUGGUUCAAAUUCAGAUCUGCCAUCUAACCAUCCCUCCAUUUCCUAGCUUGUGUAGGACUUGGAAAGACGGGAAUUGCAGAAGGCUAUCCCAAAUGACUUUGGGGCGGGGGUCACGUAGUAGUCUUGCAACCUGAAGAAAAAUGUUUGACCCUCCACGUACAAAGGAAACGAACAGAACCCCAACGUGACCGAGGACUUUGGUGUUUCAUGUUGUGUGAGCCAAGGAUCCGGAACAGUUUUCUAUUUGAAAUUGCGUUUAUUUUAUUUUUUUCCCCCCUCUCUCUCUCUCUCUCUCUCUCUCUCUCUCUCUCUCACUGAAAUUAUUGAAGAAGAAGAGUCACGGGGGCAAGUGCUGUCAGAUCGUAAAUGUAUUUGCUUUGGCUAUUGAACAAACUCAUACAAGGCCUGGUAGAGUUGUUUAUGUCAGUUAUGCUUGAUAUACCAUGACAUACUGUUUUUUUUUAAUGAUUUACAACACCCUUGUUGCUUUGUAUGUUUUAAAUAUUUUAAGUCUUGUAUUUAAUCUUUAUAAAUUGCAAAUCUCUCCCAUAUUAUGUGAUAAAGUAAUUUGAAAGGAAACGUUUAGAUUGUUACUGUGCUCAGCAACACUAUGUGCAACUUCAGAUAAU